AUGGACUGCUACUUUGGGGUUCUGCCAAUAGAAAGCAGCCAUGUGAUGCUCUCUCCUUGGCUCAAACUCAGCUCGCGCGUUUCAGGAAACGGAGAUUAUAACUCUCCGUUCGAGGCAGCGCACGGAAAAGACGUGUGGGCUUAUGCGUCUUCGAAUCCUGGCCACAACAGUCUGAUCAACGGUGCGAUGGCUUCACAUGCUAGGAUUGCCAUGUCAGCGAUUGUUGAUCGUUGUCCAGAGGCGUUUGAGGGUGUUGGUUGUUUGGUGGAUGUUGGUGGAGGUGAUGGAACGGCUCUUCGGACUUUGAUGAAAUCGUGUCCGUCGAUUAGUCAUGGGAUUAACUUUGAUCUCCCUCAUGUUGUUUCGGUUGCACCGGAGUUUGAUGGUGUUGAGAAUGUUGGUGGGGAUAUGUUUGAGGUUGUUCCAAAGGCUGAUGCUGCUUUUCUCAUGGUAUAUAUGUUUUCUUUUCUUUUCUUUUUUUGGAGUUUGUUGCAUUUAAUUAGUAUACUGUAUGAUAUCGAAAUGCUAAAAGAACUCCUUAUCUAUCUAUAUAUGUGGUACCUGUAG